CUCGUGGUCGACAAAUCCGUGCCGAAUCUCGCGCAAGAAAGAUGUGUAUUUUUCAUCUUGAGUGAUUUUCUAGAAAAGUGGCUUCGUGACUUGCACUUUUAUUAUCGUCGCGUGAAUAUCUUAAAUCGAAAUCAAUUUUUGAUUCUCGAAUUAUCGAAUUUAAUUAACUCGUUUUUAACUCUUCUUUUUAUUUUUAAUUUCAGAAAAGUGCUUCCAGAAUCCAGGCGCCAUUUGGCCGCUCUGGUGGCUAUUAUUCUAUCAUAAAUCCUAAUUGUGCAGAUAACUGAUUUUUCUCGUGUUCUCGUUAAUGAAUAAUUAUCGUAUAGAUAUAUUACAGACUUACCAAAUAUUUCUAUCCGAUGAGUGAUCGCGAACGCGACGAAAUCGCUUGAACGGUUUUCUUAUUAUAUUCCACACAUGGAAAAUAAAAUAAUAAUUGUUUCGAAAAUUAAUUAUCUCGGAUACUAUUAUAAUUUUUAUUUUACUUAUAUGUUAUAGAUCAACAUAUAAUUGAUGAUACCGACAAAUUGAAAGAGGAACCUUAACAGCACAACACAUUAGAAUGUCCUCUGGAUGUCCCCCAAACAUUCCAGGCAUACGUGUGCUGUUAGGGAAGAGAAGGUUUGGUAAAUAAGGAAUCAGGCACCAGCAAGUAACCUAAAAUAUUACAUAUAACUUAUGUAGUCUACUUUGUGCAUCGAUGGGAUCCUCUGCUUCCAAGACGGCAGGAGUGUUUGAAACAACGGUGCUGAUUAUCAUUAUGGCUUACGUCCUGUGGCGAGUAUUUAUGAAAAAGUACUGCAAAGUACGAUUAGGCAUCAGAAAUGCUCCGGACCGUGGGGACUUCGCUUCUCUGGUCCGGAACUUGCUCGGACCGAUUUAUGGUGACAGUGUUAUGGAUCUACUGAUAAGACAAGCGCGGGACAUCCUGGUUUGUGCUUAUCAUGGUAACUUGGAAAACUUCGUCCGGGCUUAUCUGUCACCUGCUGCAGCCUUACUAACGGAAGUCAAGAAUGUCGUCUCCGAAACGGGAAACGAGGCGGUGGUGCCAGAGGGCUGGCCUCUAACGUUAGGCGGCAGCGGUCUGAUCCUGCAUCUGGGUGAGCUCGAGGCGUCCGCGCUGCGUCUCGGGGAAUGUUACCUCUGCGUACGCAGCGUGUCUGCUGCAACUGCAACCACCUCGUCGGUCAGCGGUGUUAAGAUUGCCGGUAAAGCCGCCGAGCAAAAUACCGUUGAGAUAGCAGUAGUCUGGCGAACCACGUCGAUGAGGGCUCCGGGCAUCUUGGGUUGGGAUCGUGAGGACGAGUUCAUGGACUGGCGGGAGUUGACGAACAAAGGUCAGCCGAGCUCGUCAGCAAAUACAGUGGGCGCGAAUCUCGGCGGGGCGCAAUCCUCUGGUGCGAUGAAGGUCAGCAGUCGUCUGCGACGAAGAUCGCGCGAGGAUGCGCGUCCGAGGACACGGGAGAUCAGCAGCGCUGAACAUCGCCGGGAGGAGGCCAGAUCGAUCGACAGGCUCGAGCACCAAACCUGUCAUGAGAAUCGCACGAUCAGCAAAUCCGGUCGCACCAACACGGUGAUGAAGUCCAAGUCCGCGUCCAGUGUCGACGCUUGGAAGGACGAUCUCGACGGCGAACUUAAUCGAGAUUCGAGUCGCAGGGUGUAUUCCAAGAAUUACUCUAGUCCCACUGGCGGCGACGAGAGCCGCGUCAAAGUAAAACGAUGCGCUAAUGUCGUCUCCACUUCAACGAUGGAGAAGUGGAAGGAGAGCAGCAGGUGCGAAACGCGCAGCAAAUCGAUCGCGCCGAAAGAUCUGAAGAGCCCGUUGCAAUUCGAAGAGAGCAUUCUCUGGCAGGACAGCAACGGCGCUAAUGAUUCGCCGAAGGAUCCCGAGGACAGAUUACGGAACGUAGGUGGUCCGGGUGACGUCAGUGACGAGGAUCUGCCGGCGUACAUAGGCAGUCUGCUUGUCACCGUCGAAAGAAAGAUCGAAAGGGUCUCGCUCGACGAUAUGACGUUUCCUUGUCCGGCGUGUAGGAACAUAGACACGGACGAUCCGCUGUUAGGAUGUAGAUGUGCCGGCGACGACUGCGGCUGUGGCGAAGAUAACUGUGACUGUUCCUCCUCCGUAUCCGUCUCGCGGAAGGAACAAUCCGCGAAGAGCUUCGAAGUCGCAGGGAUCAAGCAUAUCGACAGUGACGACGAAGAGGAAGUGCGAAUGGGAUUCGGUAAGAACCAAAAACGAGUCGACGAAGUAGCAUUACCGAGGACUAUUCACGACUUGCCGGAACGCGUUCUUACCUGUGGCCUGUCACUUCCCGGAUACAUAGACGUCGUCGGGAGACCAGUUAUCGAAUUCGAGGACAACGUGUCCACAAGGGAGGACCUCUCCGUUAGAGAGACAUCGUCUUUUCUGCUCUACCUCGCUCGUCUACCCAGCUCCGAACGCACGAAAGAUGGCUUCACUAUUUUCAUACUCAACGAUUCCAAGGAGAGUUUGGAAUUCAUGGAUAAAAUGUUGGUCUUGCUGCAGGGCAAAAUCAACGUGGCUCAGACUCUCGUGUUUCGGAAUGCCACAACAACGCAUGGACCGAUCGAUUCUCUCUUACCUCUUAGUAAUACCCAGACCGUCAUCGUGAAUGACGCCUCUCUCGCCAAGUAUAUUUCCAGAAGAGAAGAGAAUCACGAUCAGAUGCAGUGGAUCGCUUUUUACAAGGAGUACGACAGCCUCAUGACGGAGUGGCAAUCAGCUGGUCGCAGGUUGGCUCUCGAAAUGUCGGAGUUGAAGGAAUGCGCAAGCCUGUCUGGCACUUUGACGCCUCUCGGUCGGCUCCUCACGGACCCCACAUUGAGAAGAACGUCUAGAGAUGCCGAAGAGGCUAUCGCCACGCUUGAGGAACGCGCGGCCCCGCUUUUGCACAUCGAGCACGUUAGAUUGUCGAUGACACGAGCUCGCAGAUUGGUGGAAGAGGUCGGAAAAGCCGCCACCAGACUGGAGUCAUCGUUCGAGUCGCGACGCGCGACUAUUCGCAAUCUCGCAGUUCUACGGAGCAUCGAGGAUCAGGCGCACGAGAUAUUAUCGUGGCUUUGCAAGAAGGGCGAGGACAUUCUGUCGAAACACGCACAGCACGCAGCGACGAACUUAGCAUCAGCGAGGCUUCACGAGCGCGAAUUUGAGAAGUUUUACUUCACGUCGAUGAGACACCUGGACAAAGGAAGCGAUCUUGCUGAGGCGGCGAGCGCGAGCGGACUUCGCGAGCUUGCGAGAUCCUUGAAGCAGCAUCUACGAGGAUUCGGCUCCCGCUUGGAAGAUAGACGGGAGUACUUGGAGGACACGUCGAGAUGCUGCCUCCUUCAGGAUCGCGCUUACGAAUGGGCGCAGGAGGCUCGUCUAGCAAGCGAGAGGAGGUCCCAGCAAUUCUUGAUGGCGAGGCCGCCUCUGCCACCCGAACACUUCAACGAGAUGAUGGCUUUGGCGGAGAAGCUCGGUAACGAAGUUCUCUUGGAGCAAUGUCGUAUCGCGAGGAACAAAUGCGCGGAAGCCCUUGAGAUCGCCAGGACUACGUCCGCCCCAGGAAGUCCCGCGAGAAGAAGGUCCUUCGCUGCUUCCGAGUCUACCUCCUGGGAUGAUGCUUUAGCAAAAAGGACAUCCUGGGAUGAUAGCGAUAGCAGUGCUUCGUACGCUUGUCCGAUGGAAAGCGUUGGCUCAACUGGCAGCAGUGGUCGACCGGUGCUGGACAACAUCGCCGAACUUCGGGAAAGUGCUGAACAACUCUUGGACUGCUCGCCACCACGAACACCUCCGCGAAGUCCGGCUCCGAGGAGGCUGGUGAAGCCACCGGUGAAUUCGCAUCUUCACAGAUCAGCCAGCAUCGCGCCAGGAAUGAAGGCGAAAAAAACAAUACUGCUCAUAAUGAGGGAGAUGAUACAGACUGAACGAGACUACGUGAAGUCACUCGAGUACAUAAUAGAGAAUUAUAUCCCGGAACUAGUGCGAGAAGACAUUCCGCAAGCUCUUAGAGGACAAAGAAACGUAAUCUUCGGGAAUGUUGAGAAGAUAUACGAAUUCCAUAGUCAACACUUUCUACGUGAACUGGAGCAAUGCGAGCAAUCGCCUAUGCUUGUGGGACAAUGUUUUCUCAGACACGAGAAAAAGUUUUACCUCUACGCCUUGUACAAUAAAAACAAACCAAAUUCGGAUUCAUUAAUGGCGGAAUACGGCACAAGUUUCUUCAAACAGAAGCAACUAGAGUUGGGGGAUAAAAUGGACUUGGCUAGCUAUUUAUUGAAACCGGUCCAACGAAUGGGAAAAUAUGCUUUGCUACUUCAGCAGCUAGUUAAAGCCGGCACAGAUCUAUCGGAACAAUUGUCGGGCAAAGAAGAGAAGGAAGAAAAGGAGGAUAGUAUGAAACCGAUAGUCGAAGGUGAACUCGAUUUAAGGGCUGCUGAACAGAUGGUGCGAUUUCAACUUCGACAUGGAAAUGAUCUUCUGGCAAUGGAUUCGCUUCGCGAUUGUGAUGUAAACGUGAAAGAACAAGGCAGAUUAUUGCGGCAAAACGAGUUUUUAGUCUGGCAAGGAAAAGGCAAGAAGUGUCUGCGACAAGUCUUUUUGUUCGAAGAUCUUAUACUCUUUAGUAAGGCAAGAAGAUUCCCUGAUAGAAAGAACCUUGAUAUUUACAUAUAUAAACAUAGCAUUAAAACGACGGACAUUGGCUUGACUGCCGUUAUCGCGGAUUCGCCCACAAAAUUCGAGAUCUGGUUCCGUAAAAGGAAACCGGGCGAUACAUAUACGCUGCAGUGCGCAAGUGAAGACAUCAAGAAAGCCUGGACCGAGGAGCUUAGCAACCUUUUGUGGAAACAGGCGCUUAAAAACAGAGAAGUGCGCCUGGCGGAGAUGUCGAGCAUGGGCAUUGGGAAUAAACCAUGUUUAGAUAUAAGGCCUAGCGCAGAUCAGAUUAACGAUCGUUCUAUCAGCGUAGCUCAACUUUCUAAGACGCCCAGAUUUAGAAACUCUAUAGCGGUGUCGAUGACGGAAGACUCCAGUCGCUGUAGCAGAAGACCGCACAGCGUAAUUUCCGUUAGUUCAUCCUCGAGUAGUGGCGGAAGUAGCGGUCCUCCUACGACGCUCAAUCUUGGAUUAGAUACAAGUCCACGACCGCAUCAUCGUAGUACUACACUGAAUAGCCAGUGUAGUGUUGAAAGUGGUAUUAUUGCUGAUAUUUCCAUCGUGUCGGAUGAUGGGGGUGACAGCUCCGAAAGAAGUCCUUGGAAUUCAACCUUGGAAAGCCCUACGUCUUUACCUACGACUUCGACUCCUCUGCAAUCGCCAACUAGCGGAACGGCGGCAACAGUCACCCCGGCUUCUUCGACAGACACGAAUCUCACAUCUUAUGACCAAGACAUGUCUAUUAAUCUAUGAACCUUUCUCAAUAUACAGAGAAUAUCGCAAAAAGGUGACUGUAAUUGAUUCACUUGCAAGUUUGUGUUAUGAUUACAGAGACGUAACGUAUCGUCGUGACAUAUUUAAUUAAGCAUAAUGAAAUAAUAUUGUUGCACACGUAUAUUGAAUACAUCGCAUUUUUGUGAGCAACUUAUAAUUUAAUGCGAGAAAAAAAUAUAACGCCGCAUGCAAUCCGAUAGGUCGCCGCAUUACGCUUAACACGUGUGCCCAGCUACAGAACUUGUAAUCGCAUUACAUAUAAAUGUAGAUUAUAUUAUCCUAUAGUUACAGAAAUGGUACUGAAUUUUAACAUUUAACUUUCAAGUGAAUCUGUCUCUGUAUAAAUCUAUCUUUUGAUACACUUCGAAAUUCACAGAUCUACAUGAUCAUAUAGCUAUCGAGCUAUUACUUAUGAAGCUCCAUUGAUAACUAGUUUCUGAAGUAAUAGCAACAUGUAUUUUCUUAUUCCGUCUCAUUAAUUUUAUCAACGUGCUCAAGACACGAUGCUAGAUAGAUAUGUUCUAUCGAAUGUACGAUUAUAUCGAGGUAUGCUAUAAUUAUAAAUGAUAUGCACGGGUCGCUAUUCUCAUUUACAUUGGCAUUCCUGAUCACAGCGGUGGAAAAUUUUGUGAAUCUUCCCCGAUAACUUAUGACAAUUUUAUACACUUUUAUUUAUAUUAUAUAGUUGAUAAAUAUAAUAUUUUAACUCCACAUUGUGUUCGCGCUUAUUGUAUUAAGGAAAAUAUAUGAUCUUAGGGAUGCGCGAAUCGUAUACAAGUUGAAAAAAUAUAUAUAUUUUCCUUAAUUGCUAUCUCGAUAAUGAAUCUAACAGUUUUAAUUGUGGAUUAAUGUUCAGGAAUGUGUGUCAAAUCAAUGCGCACAUAUACUAAUUUGUAAUAUAAUGUAAUAUCAAAUGUUUAUAUACAAUGUGUAGCUAAGUAAUAUAACCAAUAUAUAUUAUUUCCAGAUUAUAUAUAUAUAAUAUUAUAUAAUUCUUUUUAUGUCAGUCAUUUGUAAAAUCUUUUAUUAUCCGUCAUAAAUGUAAAUCUAACUCUGGCCUGUACUCAAAAGCCAAAUUUCUGUUACAGAGUACUCUCUAUUAUGUUUUAAGAAUAAAGUUAUUUUAAUAUAUAA